GUACUUGUGACUGGCGCGCCAUGGAUCGGCGGGGAUUUGAAGCUUCGCACGCUGAACGCGGGAAAGUCAGUCUUCGUUCGAUUCGUGUCCCUGCUGGUUGAAUUCGUUGGUGUAGUUGGCUUUUUGAGCUCUUAACAGUAUUGCGUAUUCAGUAACGGUGCAGGAAUAUUUUCGGGUGUUCUGUUACAGGGAUAGCUCUUUUUCUAAAGUUUGUUGUCGUGAUCAUGCUGCUCGUGUUUGAAGGGUUACAUCCAGUAGGCCGUUCUUGCCCUGACACGAGAGGCCUUUUGAAUUGUGAAACAAACGGCAUAUUUACUGUUCAUCUCGGUUUUAUUUUGUAAGUGUGUAACGCCGUUGUGAAAGUUCAACAAAUAAAUACGUAAUUUUUUCCUACUGCUGUCUUGUGCGUAAUAAGUGUGUCAGCACGACCGUCAGAUAAAUGAAAGUUUUCCGUGCGUACAGCUUUUGCGAUUUGUUUACUGCGGCACGUGAUUAUCAGUAUUUGCUUUGUAUAUCUCAGAUGCACGCGGAUCAUGUUGCGUAAUCAAAGAGUGUUGAUUGUUUGAAAAUGGUCGUGGUAAACUUUACAUAAGAAAAUUACCAAAGUGUGCUUCAAUAAUGGAUAAGGUUAUACCGCAUCGGACGAUUAUAAAAAGGCAGCUGGUGCAGUAGCUGUUGCUGCGAGGACUGUCCCCCUGUCCGAAGCCUAGUAGCAGAUGAGCCGAAGCGGCCCCAGCGGUGCCACAAAUGGUGCCUAUGAUCGUGCGAGUGUAUGGGGAGAGCGGUAGUGACGAUGACCCUCUCGUCACGGACGUCCCUGUGACUCCUGACACCACGUGCAGGGACGUUAUCGAGUGUUGCCGCGAUCCUGGGGAAGAAGUCUGCGCCCUCGUGGAGACCUGGGGCUCUGGGCAUGAACGUGUGCUCCGGGAUGACGAACGACCCCUAGAGAUCCUGCAAGAGUGGGGACCUCAUCAGGACCAGGUCAAGUUCGUCCUCAGGUAUACCGUACUGCCAUCUGCAAUGAACGGUCACUGCCAAUAUACGAGACUCCAUCAGCAGCGGUACAGCACUUGUAACUCGGUUGUUAAUAAUUCCUAA